GACCCUGGUGGCCCAGGCGUGCGACAAGUGCACCUACCGGGACUCGGUGAAGAUGAUCGCCGACACGACCGAGGUGAAGCUGCGUAUACGCGAGAGAUACGUCGUGCAGAUCACGCCGGCGUUCAAAUGCGCCGGCCUCUGGCCCAGGUCGGCCUCGCACUGGCCCAUAGCCCACAUACCUUGGCCGCACCCGAACAUCGUCGCCGAGGUUAAGGCGGAGGGCUUCGACAUGCUCUCGAAGGAAUGCAUAGGCCUGCAAGGCAAGCAGUCCGCGAUGGAAGGCGACGCCUGGGCAUUGUCGUUCAUCGACGCGGAGAACCGGCUGUUGCAGGGCGCGAGUAGGAAGCGUUGUCUGAGCAUUCUCAAGACCCUGAGGGACCGGCACCUCGAUCUGCCUGGCAAUCCGGUCACCAGCUACCACAUGAAGACUCUGCUGCUCUACGAGUGCGAGAAACACCCGCACGAGGCGGAAUGGGACGACGGCUGUCUGGCCGAGCGGAUAAACGGGAUUUUCCUGCAACUGAUCUCGUGCCUGCAAUGCCGCAGGUGUCCCCACUACUUCCUGCCGAAUCUCGACCUUUUCAAGGGGAAAUCGCCGACAGGCCUGGAAAACGCGGCGAAGCAAGUCUGGAGACUCACCAGGGAGUUACUGACGAAUAGUCGCGCUCUUGAAAAACUGUAGUGAUCGGGUUCGUUACGACCGCUCGGUCGUAAGUAGUCACCGCUCGUCGAUUGAUCUCGUCGCGCGUCUCCACGAUCCGCACCGUCGUCAGUGAUUUCAACGACGGUGAACGGUCGAACGCGGUCCAACGGUCGUGUGACGCGAGGAUCGCGCGAGAGGAUCAACGUCGACUUGAGAUCAGUGACGCGAGGUACAUUCCGAUCUACGGAAAUAUGUCCUCUCGCUCUCGGGAAUCGCCCGACGCCGAGUCUUCUUCGGGAAGCAUCGUACUCUAUGUUCCCGCGAUGCCGAGGCUCGUGUAACGUUCACGUUCACGGAGAUGUGUUCAGUGUGUGGGAGCCAUCCCUCGCGGAUGUAAUUACGCGAGCAAUCGCACAUGGUGGUUUUGGUGAACACGGUGAUCGGGAGAGCGCGCACCGUCGGAUCAGUGCCAUAAAAAUACUUGAACGUUAGGGACAAGUUCCGGUCUUUAAGGUUGCCGCGAAAUAGUUGUUAAUAUAGAGAAUUACAGUCGCUGAGAAUUAUCCACGGCAACGCUGCGACGCCCUGGUUACAACGUUGAGCCGGUCAGCACGCGUCAAGUAACUUUUAACCCCCCGUGGUGUACGGAAAUGCUUUGUCAACGAGUGCGAAAAGUCAGGAUCCCCACUUAACACCGUUCAACCCUCGAGAUACCACGCUUGUUGUCCUUUGCGAGCGUCCGUAACCGGAAAACACUGGGAAAAAUGACGAGGAACGAAAAUUCGCAGCCUUGCCUGAUCACCUCGAAAGAUGGUGUUUCGUCCUGGUACUUGUAGCGAGUUUUUCAAAACUGUGCACACACAUAUACACAUAUACACACAAACACAUGCCACACACACACACACACACACGUUUGCGCGCACGCACUGCCACGCAACUCAACGGCACUUAAAGGGUUAACGCGCUCAAUCAUCCCUAAUUGUGUUCUUCGUUCUAAGAUCUCCUACGCGCUCCGAUUAAUGCGUUCGUUCUCGAGUUCUGGUCAAAGUGGUCGCGGCCACACGGUUAAGGGUUAAUCGUUUCUCCCUUGUUAAUUCCCCCGCGCCCUCGCGAUCCCCCGUCCCGCCCUAUUCUACCACGUCCCACUCUCUAGCCGCCUA